AUGGAAGACAAUGAAUAUACUUUUUUAUGUGGUUAUCAACGAAAUCGUGGUUAUGGAACUAUUUUAAGAGGUCAAUCAACUGUAAAACAUUACACUUCUGUUGUAAAAUACAAAGUUGAAGCGAAUGAUACAUUGCAAGGAAUCGCUCUUAGAUUUAAUACAUCGAUGGCUGAAAUAAAGCGAUUAAAUCGUUUGUGGGGUAACGAAAGUUUACAUCUUAAAACUCAUAUUGAAAUUCCCUUAUAUGGCAAUGAAGACGCGGUGGCGAAUAAUACGAAAUCAUCGAAAGCUUCACAUUCGAUGAGCGAAGAACAUUUGGCGAGCAAUAACGAAAGUCUUAACGACAUCUUUAAAAGAAUUGAUUUAAAUAUUAAAAAGACAUCUCAUAACGUGAAUAGGUUACGAAAGGAUUAUAGGUAUUCAUUUUGGUUUAUAUUAUCUUCUUUAUUCAAACAAACUUUGUUAGUUUUCCUUUCACUGGCCCCACAGAGUAUUAAAACCAACAUUCGCGUAGGAUGCAUAUCAGCGCAAGCUGCACAAGUCGAACUUACGUCAAUUCGGAUCAGCUUACGUUCUGCUGGAGAUGACUGUUGCGUACCAAUUCUGUAG